AUGAAGUGCGUAGCGCGAACGGUGAAGUUGGUGGCGGCGGCCGUCACGGUGGCACUGCUGCUGCUUGCCGGCCCGGCCGCCCCGAACGGUGCCCCGCGGCCCGCCUACCCGGGGAUGCAGCUGCUCAGCGAGUCCGUGCACGACGAGCGGGCGGCGGGAGGCGGGGGCGGCGACCUGCUGCUGACGAAGGACCCGGGGGGCGAGGGCCCGGCCGGGCCGAGCCCGCUCGGGCUGGCGGGAGAACCUGCUGGAGGAGGAGGAGGAGGAGGAGGAGGAGGGGAGGAGCCGACAGAGGAGACGGGGGAGAGCAGGCGCUUUCCCACCUAUUACCUGCGGCCCGGGCCGGCUGACGCCGACCAGCGGCGACGGUCGAACCCGUGCGGGUCCGGCAUCGUGGAGCAGCUGAAGUCGGCGGAGCACGUCGUGCCGGUGCGGCGCAGCCCGGAGGAGGAGGACAACAACUUCUACAUCGACGUCAGCCACGAGCUGCUCGAGACGGGGCCGGGCAUUGUGCCGCGCGUAGUAUACCGAGUGGAAGCGAGACGCUCGCCGGGCACGGAGAUACGCGACUUCUACGUGGAGUCGCUCGCCGGCGAUCCGUACAGCUACGAGCAGGUGCCGGGGCGCCCGAUCGGCCAGUUCACUGGCCACCGUGCGCGCGGCAGCCAUCACGGGUACAGGCAGGGCCCGGAGGACGCCGACAGUCUGCCGCGCAGUACCUGGAUCGACGAUAUGGAGAUAGACUGGCUGCAUCAUGCAUUCGGCGGGGCACAACAGCAGCCCAAGCAGCAGCGCGUUAUAUUCGGCGAACCGUCCUAUCCCGGGUAUUUCGAGGCGGACGGCAGCCAAGACCCGGCCCCUCGGUCAUCGGGCGAUGAGGAGGAGGAGGAGGACGGCGAGCCUGGAGCUCGGGAAGACAACGCGCUCGAGUUCGGCAGCCGGAAGCGGCCCCCGGGCGGCAGACGGACCCACCGUGGAUGCCCCCGCCACGUCUGGAAGCAUGACAGCAUGUACGGGGAGCGAGCGACGAUCAGCUGGACCGUCCCGGAGGUGCUGCCGGCACACGGGACGGCCUAUUUUAACGACAGCGGUGCUGGCGCGACGGUCACCGGGGCGCAGAAGCCGGCUAACACUAUUUACUUUAGAAUACUUUAUCGUACAAUGACUAGUUACGUGAUCUAUGAACUGAUCUACACAAUGGUGCUUUUACAAGAGUGUAGCUUAUAUCUCAGGCAGGCGCAGGGCACGAUCGCUUCGAACAGGCUGCCGGCCGGCUACCAGGACUGCCGGCUCGUCUUUCCCACGCGCCCGACCGUGGCCCCGUCGGAGGAGCUGCCCGGGCUGCUGGUACAGCUGACCCGCCUCAACACACCGUGCCGGGGGGGUGGAUUCCUGCGCUUCCUGCCGGACCCGACGGCCAGCCCGACCGUCGGUGCCCCGCCGGCCGGUGACGGCGAACCCGGCAGCCCGCCCGCCACCGCCAUAUCACUGUGCGGCAAGCUGGAGGAGCUGCCCGCCGCGGGCCGGGCCUUUCACUUCCAGUCGCACCGCAACACCACCCUGUGGCUGCACCGGGCGCCCCUGUUUAGCCUGCAGUACCGGCUGGUCGACUACUGCUACAACAUGACGCUGCGCGACCAGAACGGCACGGUCCGGCUGCGACCGGGGUCGGCCCCGCUCGACUGCUACUUUCGCAUCCAUCUGCCGUACGGGUACCGGGUGGCGCUGCAGCUGCUCACCAACGGUCCCUCCACCCUCAACGACGGCCGGGGGGAAGCGAUCGCAAUCGCGCUCGGCCCGGUCGGCGAGCAGGACGGCGGCAAUGCCGAGUACCUCGCACCGAUCCGUUGCUCCUCGACCGGGGGCAUGCUGGUGGCGGUCUACGAGGACGCCCAGCACCGGUGGACGGCGUGCGUCAAUGGGAGUGCGGCACCGGCCCGCUACCUGCUCACCACCACCGGCAACAGCGUGGUGGUGAAGGUUAGCAAGCUGCCCCAACCGACUGCUGUGCAGCCAGGGAUCGGGGCCUCCGGUGCGCCGGGCCCCCCAGCAUCAUCGCCUUCCUCAUCACCCCUGUCACCAUCAUCCUCAUCAUCCGCGGCAGUGCUGCCGGCGCCGGACAACGGCACUGCGACGCUGCUGUUCGAGUACCGGGCGAACCCGAUUGAAUCCAUUACUUCACGUUGUGCCUUCGGUUGGAUAGCAACCACGCAGUUCUGCAUUGCCCCGGUCGAGCGGCGGCUACCGUGGCAGGAGGCGGAAGCGGAGUGUAACCGGCUCGGUGGCCAUCUCAUGUCGAUACGCUCGAGCGAGGACCAGCAGCUAAUCGACCAGCUGCUGUUCAACAGCCCCGGCUACAAAGACGACAAUGCGUACUGGAUUGGUGCGUCGGAUCUCAUCGUGGAGGGUGACUUUCGGUGGAACGACAAGUUUGCCUUCACAUACUCGAACUGGUUCCCGGGCUGGGUGCACCAGGAAAACUACAACCGGCAGCCGAACGACGACGGACUGAGCGGGCAGGAUUGUGUGGAAAUUCGGCGCCACUUUCAGAUUGCAGCGAGCGGUGGCCAGACCGUCCCGACCGUGAGCCCGCUGACGCUGUCGUACAUGUGGAACGAUCGGAACUGCGACGCUCGCAACUACUUCCUUUGCGAGCGCAUGAUGGAUGAAGAACUACCGGAGCGGAUUUGGAACGAGUCGGAAUGUAACGUUACCGUAACGCUUAGCGCAGAACGUCCGAAGGCAACGGUAUGGAGUCCGGGCUUUCCACAACAAUAUCCCGACAGUGUUGACUGCUACACGCUGAUCCAGGCGCCGGUCGGAUACCGGGUGGUGCUGGACUUUGAGGAGAUGGUGCUAGAAAACGAACCACUUUGCUCCUACGACUACCUGCAGCUGGUUGAACCGGACGGGAUUGGCCCGUACGUCCCGUCCAAGUCGGCGAAGGACUUUUCCAGCACGGUGCUGUUUCGCUUUCGCAACUCGCGCCACAGCGGCCGGUACAGUGCGGCACAGCAUCGGCGCAAAAGCACCAAAACGGGGGGCCAGAGCGCGCCGGCCACCGGCGACCCAGCCGGUGGUGAGCAGUCCGGGCCGCCCCGGACCGACAUCAGCUUCAACGUGCCGAGCAUCGUGCUGCAACCGAGUGACGCCCGGUACACGAGCAGCCUGCCCCUGCCGGAGCUGAGCCUGGGCAGCGUGCCGCGCAAGAUCUGCGGCGACUGGAGCUCGAAGCUGAAGCUGCUGCGCUACGUCACGGCGGGCCCCUCGCUCGGCGUCCGGUUCGUAUCGGACUACUCGAACAACUACGGCGGCUACAAGGCGAAGAUCUCGAUGGAAAACGGAAGGCCGAGGGCACCUGUGACAUCCGAGUGUCACGACGAGCGGUUCAAGGCGUACAACAACUCCUGCUAUCUGAUCAUCUCCUACCCGGACGUGGACUGGACGACGGCCCAGCAGAUUUGCCGCGGUAUUGGGGCACAGCUUGCCUCCAUUUCUACCACCGACGAGCAGCGGUUCAUCACGUCCAACAUUCGCAACAGCCUCGACUAUACGCCGCGCUCGCUGUACUGGGUCGGGGGCGAGAUCACCAACACGGGCAGCCUGGAAUGGGUGGAUGGUGUGAAGCUGCUGUUUGAGGGUUGGUUGCCCGGCCAGCGGCCUGAGAAAACGGACCCGACCAAGCUACCCUCCUGCCUGGGGCUGCAGUGGAAGGUCUCCCCGACGCCCAUGAUAUCCUCCGGGCUGCACUGGACCGCCCAGAAAUGCUCCACUAUCGGUGGGUACGUGUGCAAGAAGCCGCGGCCCCGUCUGGACGAGACGAUGGUCCGGAACCAGACGCUGACCGGCACGGAGGGACAUCUGUUGUCACCCGGUUACCCGAACCCGUACCCCGCCCAGACCGACUUCUGGAUACGGAUCGUGGCGCCGGAGCACCGGCGCAUCAUCAUCCAGUUCCAGAAGCUGGACCUGGAGCACCAGGACGAGUGUCUGUACGAUUACAUCAGCCUGCAGAACUAUCCGAUACAGCCGAAUGCCAGGGGGGCGUACUCGGGCGCAGCAUCGGGCGGCGAGGGGCCUGCCCCGUUGGCCGACUACUUUCACGGUGGUCACAAUGGCAGCAGCGCGAAGCAGAAAGAGCACAGCAGUGCCCCGGCGACCAGUCAGUCGAUGGAUGCAAAGAAGCAGGUGCCGGCCUUUCCGGACGGCAGGGAUUAUCGCACCCCCCAGUCCGGCACGGUAAGGUUUCAGCGCCGCAUCCGGUACGUGAGCAGCGGCUCGGGCGCGGAGUUUGCCGGGGGGACCGGUGGCGAGCCGGUGGAUGGGGCCAGAGAUCGGGAGGCAGCCGUCAACCUGCUCAGCCCGGGCACGCUGCUGCCCGAUCCGCUACUGCCGUUCGACGAGCUGACGCCCUCCUUCCUGCCGUACGUGCGCUGGUGCGGCACGCACGACAGCAACAUGGCCCGGUUCAACUUCAUCUCGACCGGCAACGAGGCGAUCGUGCGCUUCCAUUCCGACUUCUCCAUCAGCGGCACGGGCUUUUCGGCAACGUGGAGCACGGUCGAUAUGGCGGGCUGCCCGCUGCAGACCAUCACCUCGAAGGAGGGCUCGAUCCGCAGCCCGAACUAUCCGUACUUUCUGCUGAACAACGUCGACUGCACGUACGUGAUACAGGCACCGUACGGGCGGCGCGUCUGGCUCGAGUUCGUGCUGACCGAUCUGGCGCAGGACGCGACGCUGCUGGUCGACAUUGCGGACGGUCCGUUCGAGCCGUUCGCCGACGGGUCGCACCUGAACGACGGCGUGUUCGUGAGCAAGGGCGAGCGGCUGGUCGUGCGGUUGCGGACGGGCGCCACCCCGCGCGGGAAAGGGUUCCACGCGAACUUCAAAACACUGGCCCACGUGAACGAGCAGCGCUACAUAACGCUCUCAAACAAGACGACCGGCAUGCUGUACUCGCUCAACUACCCGGAAGCGAUGCCGUACGAUGUCGACUACACGCAGCACCUGAUCGCACCGCUCGGCGAAGUGAUCCUGCUGGAGCUGUACGGCGUGGGCUUCAGCCAGCACGGUUGCCAUCAGGCCGGCUUCAUCGAGAUCUACGACAACUACACCGACAGCAACGGCACGCUGUGGCAUCUGUGCGAGCAUCACGCGACAGGCAAACCGGGCGGUGUGGAGCCGGAACCGGCAAAGCAGAGCGGUCUGGAGUACACCCGCUACCCACCGGCGCACGGUACUGCGGCCAAGCUGAGGCAACCGGUCGGGCCGGGGCAGCACGGGCUGGGCAAACCGGCACCGAUCUACAUUACCUCCUACCUGAACACGAUCCACAUCCGGCAGCGGAACGCGAACGGCACCGGCAUCCGGUUGAACGCGACCGUCCGGCUGCAGGAGGACGCCGGCUACAAGAUGAAGCUGAUCUCGAACACGGACGAGUGGGUGGAGAGCUGCCGGCCGAACCCGUGCCAGUACGGCGGCAAGUGCAUCAGUGCGGGCCCCGGGCACAGGCGGGGCAUCUGCCAGUGUUACGGCCACUUUACCGGGCGCUUCUGCGGCCUCAACAUCUGCGAGCUGGAGCCGUGCUUCUUCGGCAAGUGUGAACUAACGCCCACCAGCUUCAAGUGCAACUGUCAGCCCGGGUUCGUCGGGGUGCGGUGCGACCAGCGCCAGAAGCCCUGCGCCGACAACCCGUGCGAAAGCCGGGGCGAGUGUUUCGAGAAGAACGGGGGCUUCUUCUGCCGCUGCCACGCCUGGUGGGAGGGCGCCCGGUGCGAGAAGCGCAUGAUGCACAUACCGUACAAACCGCUGUCGGAGCGGAUGCUGCAGGAACCGUUCUGGCUCGGGCUGAUCACCGUGUUCGUGGUGCUCGCCGUGAUCGGGCUGGUCUGGUGCGCCAAGCGCCACUUCCCGGAGAAGAUCGAGAAGCUACUCGCGGACGAUACGCAGCUGAAUCGAAGCACCUUCCCGCCGCACCAUCUCAACACUGCCUUGCGCGAGCAGCUGCAGGCUUCCGCCGGUACCGUUUCCUCCUCGAACGCCACUACCCCCGCAUCGCACCGGACAAUCUUUGGACGAUUGGGCACACCAUCGCCACGGAAGAAGCGUAACAACUCGACGCCAACGAAGAAGAACGUCAACGAGAAGAAGCAGAUACUGCAGCAGCUCGUGUCGCCCGCCCAGAACGCAGCCACUAAAGUCAGCCUCGGCGAGCUGAUCCAGCUGUCCGAGACGCGGCUGAAGGCAAACUACGCCGAAUCGGAGGCCGGCCUGAAGGAGACGACCUUCUCCGAGAACUCGCUCUCGGUCACGUCGAUGGUGCGCCAAAUCUCGGACCCGAAGCUCGAGAAGAAGGUCACGUUCGCCAGGCUGCUCAGCAAGGUGUCCGCGGAGAUGAGCUCCGGCUCGGAGGACCUAGCGAAUGGAGCGAAGCAUUCUAGUGCCCUAAGUCUUCCAAACGAGGUACCGCCACGCGCAAAUUCCGUACCGCCGUCGCCGUGCACAAACGAAAUCCGGUCGCCGCACAGUACCUCGUCGAACCAGGGCAGCGAUUCGCUCUCCAGCUCCGAGCUGGCGCUGCACGACUUUGGCCUGCGCAGCAGCAGCCGCCGGGCCCGGCCGAAGGUGUCGAGCGCCGACUCGAUACUGGCGAUGUUCAAGAACUUUGCCGCGUCGAGCAGCGCGCUCAACACGCUGCCGUCGUCGAUCGUCAUCUCGCCGUCGUCGACGCCGACCGCCUCCAGCCCGCAGGACGACGUGCCGGGCGAUGACGAUUCGUCCACCUCGUCGAACCACACGCCGGUCAGCUACUCGAGCGGCGGCACGUCUGACUCGCCCGUCUUCUACCGCCAGAGCACGAUCGAGGUGCCGGUGCUCGACGCGCUCAGUGCGCACAAGUCGUCGGUGGUGGUGUCGGCGGCGGCGGCGGCGGCGGCGGCCACCGGCAGCGGCAGCAGCGCCAGCAGCUGCAGCUCGUCCGCCGGCUCGGCCCAGCUGCACCCGCCGACGAUCCUGCUCGAGAUACCGAGCAACGGCAUCAACAACAAGUGUCUGUCGCCGAUCCGCGAGAUGCCGACGCCGAUACCGUCGCCCGCGCUGACGCCGAUCAUGCCGCGGCCGCAGCGGAUGCGCACGCCCCAGUCGAUCCACGACGAGUCGAUGUCGGUGACGUUCAACAGCGGCUACGAGGACUAUCACAAGUCCCAUCAGCUUUCGAUCGAAAUACGGCCGCCGCCGCCGGACGAGCCGGAGCGCGGCGACUACUCGUCCUCCUCGCCGCCCGACAGCGACCCGACCGGCGACGGGCCGACCGGUUUGGGCGUGCCGAUCAUCGCGAUCGACAUCCAUCCGCCGACGCCGGAGCGCAAGAGCCCGGAGCGGCCGCGCGACCUCAUCAUACCGCAGCUGGUGAUACAGCACCCGAGCCCGACCAAGGAGCGGACGGCUGUGGUAGUGAUACCGGGGUCGCCGCCGCCCCAGCGCGCCAACCACACGCUCGACGCGACCAUACUGGCGGGCGGUGGGACCAGCCGGCAGCAGCACCAGAAGCGAUUUCUGAAGCAGUGGGAAAAACCAACCUCGCUCGACCUCCCGUUCGAUCCGCCGAUGAUCACGAUCACCUGCAACAGCAGUGAGGUCGUGUCGGAUGCGGAAGCCCCCUCGCCGGCCCAUCCUCUGAUGUCCAAAGGUUCCCGUGCAAACGGUGGGCCCGGUGGGCUCGGCCCACCCGGUAGCUCCGGCGGCAUGUGCUACCUGAGCCCGUUCUCGAUGUGUAUCCGCGGCGAUCGCGCUCCGUCCGAAAGCAAUCUCAGCUCGUCUGGCUACUCCAGUAUGGCCAGCCCUGGUCCGAGCCGGUGCGGUUCAAACAAUCCCCUCUUUCCGAACGAAUCCGACGACCCUGGGUCAGGCCCGCCCGGUCCCGGCGGCUAUUCCGGCUUUCACGCACUGAUCAACAAUCGACGACAAUCAUCUAAUGUAAGGAAAAAAUCAACCGACAGCAGCAACGGUGCGGGUGGUACGCACGGCGGCCACACCGCAGGCUACGGCCACCAUCAGCCGUCCUCGUUUCGGCUGCGCUCCGACUCCGAGACGCUGUCGGACGAGCCGCUACUCGAGUCGAACGACGAGGGCAUCGGGACGGACCAUCUGGACGAGAAGAUCGAGGAGGGCGAAAUCCGGAGCGCCAAGGAGCUGGAGCUGUACCUCGGCAAGGAGCUGAUCCAAACCGGGCAGGACAUCCUGAGCCAGGAGAGCCUCUCCAUGUCGCAGCUGCAGCUGCCCGCCAUCGUGAUUCAGUCGGACGCGGGCUACGAGAAGCCGUCGCCCGUUUCCUCCCGCUCGGACAGUCCCCUGAGCGAACGCAACGCCAGCAUGGAGCGCUUUUCGCCCAUGUUCUACGGCAAGAAGGACCAGCAGCUGCCGUUCACCGACUCGGACGGCCUGUACGACUUCCCGUCGUCCGAUGGCAAGGGCGGCACGGGCAGCACGGUGGCGACCGCGCACCGCAAAUGCGUCGGCCGCAGGAAGGAGCGCCGGGUGGCCCGCACCGACCGGGCGGCGGCACUGCAGUCCCCGUCAAAGGGGACCACCACCACGGUGCUGCUGGAGAUACCGGGCAGUAAGGAGUCCGCGGCCGGUGGCCAGCCGCACGGUCAUCAGCACAAUGCGGCCGGUGGGAAGUUCGUCGGGACGGUGCCCACCACCCGCAAAAGCCCGAAGCGACGGGUCCAUCGGCCGCCGCUCGCCAGCAGCUCCUCUUCCACCGAGUCGCUAACGUCCAUGCGGGAGUACGCGAUCCGAUCGUGCAAAGAUCUAACCAGCGUGACGCAACUCUCCGCCGCGAAAGAUUCGGCGGAAGGGUGCAAUUAUGGCGAUGCGAAAGGUGAGGAAGCGUCCACCAACCCGAUGGUAGCGAAACCACCGGCCCCGGCAGAAGAGAUCCGCAAGCCACCGUACAAAAUUCGCCGGCUGAAAGCGAUCGGCAAUCAGAUCAGGUUUUUGCGCCGCCUGGAGCGGAGCAUCCACCGGAAGGAGCAGCCGGCCCAGCCGUCCGACGAGGACCUGAUGAGCGAGGGCGGCGGCAUGAAGGAUUCGCCCAAGAUGUCCUCGCCGCUGAUCCGCUUCAAGCAGUCGCAGAUCGACGAGGAGGACGAGUCGGAGGAGGACGACAGUAAGAGCAGAUACUACUCAAACGCGCUGAGCAAGCAGCAGCAGCAGCUUCAGCAGCAGCAGCAGCAGCUGCUGCUACCGGCAGAGCCGAACGCCGUCAACUCGAACGCCCGCCAGCACGGCAAGAUUUCGCGGCAGCGGCGCGUCCCAAGCCACGACUGUUACGCAGCCAAGCCAUGGUCCGAGGCAGAGUGCAAGCUGCUCGGCGGGGACGUCACCAGUGACUGAGGGGUGAAGGGUGGCAGGUGGAAAUGGGGAAGAAUUAGCUAGGCCGCAUCGAAAACGUACACAAACUAAACCCAGCCCCGCUACUAAGUAUUUGUAACGUACCGUAACGUACCGUUACGCAAUGUAGCGUUUCGUAACGUAACGCACCGUAACGUCGCGUAACAGAGCGGGCGAGUCGGAGUCGAAGACAGUUGAAUUUAAAUUACUAAUAGCAAUAUAGCGCACGGAAAACACACAUACACUCACUCACACAAGUUCUCUUACAAACAUACAUAUAGCAAACGCAAAAGCAAAACCAAACAAUAGAAAAACCACAAAGCAGCAUAGGAAUAAGACGCCACGAUGCGUGAUAAAGCAGAGCAGAGUGUUACUAAAUCCUUGCAAUGCGCAAUGGAGAGCAAAAAAAGAAGAAAAAAAACAACCCGACACCCACUCACUACUAAAACGCUGCUACGAUAAACGAUUUUGCAAAUGUUUAUAUGUGUUCAGUUUCCGAUCUAAAACAUUUUAAACGCAUGUUGCAUGUAACGCAUAUGUUGUGAAUAUGUAUUAUAUAACGUGUAGAACAGAUAGAAAUGAGAAUUAAAUAUUCAGAAGGAGCAGCGAGCGAGCGAGCGAGCGAGAGAGAAGUAGCUACUUAGAGCAGUAAAACAAAGCGAGUAUUUUUUUGCUACUGAUAACACUUUCCACACUGGCUUAGUGUUUGUGCCCGACAGCAAGACAGUUUGCACCACCACAUAGGCACUUUGAGCGCACGCACACACACAUACAAGCACACCCACACACAAACAUAAUUGCACACAUCCUCACACUUAGUAGCGGCUGGCAGUAGAUAGCACCGUCAUAACCUGCACCUGCACACGCACGCACUGGAUAGAGUAGUGUUGAAAAUUAGUCAAACCAGCAAGGAAAAGAAGAAAAUAUUAAAAUAGUAAUCAUAACUACGAAUACAUCACCGGAACAGAGACUGAUUUUCUAACGUAAGUGAAACCAAGCAGCAACCAAAAACAAAACAAAACAAAAGCGGGCAUCUAAAAGAGGGUGCUCACAAACACACACACUCACACACACACGCGCGCGCGCACACUGUUUCAUUUAGCUUGCGCUCCAUUAUCACCCAUCUUAGGUGGGUGUGUGUGCGUGCGUUUGUACAAUAUCGAUAGAAAGUCACUCGAGCUCGUUGUGUGUGUGCGUGUGUGUGCGUGUGUGUGUGUGUUUGCUACUAUUGUCCCCUUGUUCGGUGCACUUAGGUUCGGUCACAGUGGGUGUGAGUGUGUAUGUGUGUGUCGUCCAUUAGGUGUUGUAUUUAUUCUCCAUCGCUACUUGGAUUCUCGAUUUAAAUGGUGAACUAAUGUUAAUAGAUGUUUGUAGUACGAUCAAAUUGUAACAUUAUUACAUCGUCACACUCACAACCCACACUCACACACACACACAUACACAUCGUGUUUUUAUGUCGUUUGUUGCGUCACAGUCGUGGUUCAGGCACAGGUUACAAAAGGAAUAAGGAUAAUUCUUCAGUCCCAUAUUAAGCCAUAAAAUAGGUGUAGUCACUCACGCACAUAUGCUCAUCUUACGGAUCAAUGUCGUUUGCUUUCGUACACCGUACCGUGUAACAUUGCCACGCGCAUACACACACACACACACACACACACACACACUCAUUCAACCCUCAUUAGUCGUAAUGCCACGGGGCAGGGAAGGAUACUCUGUUUCAACGUGUUUUACCAAAUGCUACUAGUUCAAAAUAGAGGGCGCCACCAGCGCCCAGUGUGUCCAGGCAGUUGGUGUUGGUGGCAAGGCGAAAGGCCUUCUUUAAAUGUGUACAUUUUGUUCCAUUUUCGUACCGCAGCAGCUCGUGCAUGUUGUGUAGGACUUAUCUGACUAAACACACUUACACUCACACAAAACAUCCCUACAAACAUUUGCCCGCUGGUGUGCAUAGGUUUUGUUUGUUUGUUCGAAAGGAAGAACCAAAAAAAAAGACGAAGCAAAGAUGCAACAAAAUCAAUACAAAUAAUGUUAGCUUUAAGUCUACAUUGGUGGGGGAGGGGAAGGGAAGAGAGAAGGAACUCAGCAUACGGGUUGCAAGCGAACUACAAAUCCCAAUUCAAGAUUUGCCUUCCACAAACAACAACCACACUACUCAACAACUACGUCACGUACACCAAACACUCACACAAGCUCGCGCGCGCGCGUACAUACUACUUACACUUACGCUGGUAUUUGUGUGUAAGGUUUGCGUUGGAAGGAAAACAACAAAAACCAAAACAAAAACAAGGAAAACAAACCAAAACUGACGACUACGUCCUAAGCUUUCGAGUACUUAUAAGUAGCAUUUAAACGAAACAAAAACAAAACAAAACAAAAAAAACUCUAUUGUUCCGUUAACUGUUGAUUGUUUUGAUGCGAUUUUGAUGCGUAACGCCUACUACAAAUUUACGAAAACUAUUGCGGAAGCGUGCAGGAAGCAACCGGCAAACGGAAGUGGCAAAUGGAAACAAACAUCACUACUACCGUGCGCUCUACACGUCUUACAGAGAUUUAAAACUAGGACCAAACAAACGAAACACAUGAUGUAUAAUCAUAACCCUUACUUAAACAAACCGAAACAAAAGAACUAACAAAAAAAAAGCCCAAACGUACGAACGAAACAUAAAACAAGAGAGAAAAAAACAAAAAAAAAGAUGCCUUCUGUGAUAAGAUUUAAAGUCCGCGGGAGGGGGAAAAAAGGGGCUGGGCGAUGUAGAAAGCAAAUGUGAGGGAGAGGGGAGGGGAGGUAGAGGUGUUGAAAACAACAACAAAGAGUAACAAAAAGAAAAACAAAACAAAAACACAGUGCAAUAUAAACAAAACCCCAAAAUCCGUUUAUUUCGGUUUUUUUUCGAAUUUUCGUAACGGUUUUCGCAUCCGCGUGGCGCGGACGAAAAUAUCGUAAAAGCACACCAACACGUCACAUGCACACACACACACAGACACACACAGACACACACCCACAAAGCUCAUCUGUGGGCACCCUAGCUGGCGGCAGCCAUUCGCAGCACCGAAGAGCCCAAGGAGUCGCCAAGCCGCCCUCGCCCUCGCCUGCUGGCUGGCCCCAUUUCCCCCUGUCCUGUGUUUUUUGCUACUCUUCGGGCAAAUAUUCGAGUAUAAUGCAACAUUUCCGGUUGUGGCACGUGGCACGAUUUGAAUGGAAGAUGUAUGUAUGUGUUGUGUGUCGUGGGCGGCCCGACGCCGCACACCCCCGCCCAACCCCGGGCGGCGAAGGGCCGGCAGGACAGGUAGAUAGCACCAUUUUUUUUGCACGUAAACAUACAAACAAAACAAUGCAAAGAAAGAAGCAGAAGAAGAAGAAGAAGAAGAAGAAAACACAAGUAAUAAUGAAAACGUCUCUAACUGUUCAUUUUUUCCAAAACUAAUAGCAAUAAUACAAAAGCAACAUUACCAACUAGUGAAGAAUCAGGUCGAUGGGUGCGAUAAAGAGAGAGAGAGAGAGAGAGAGGGAGAUAGAAAGAAAGAGAGAGGGAGAGAGAGAGAGAGGGGGGGGUGGGAGAGAGCGAAACGGUAUCGAACAAACUCCUACGAUACUUACAAAUUACUUUACAAGCAAUGUAUUUCAUAAAGCUGGUAUUCGGUGUUUUAACGGUUAAUUGCAACAAAAAAAAUCACUAUAGGUUAAGCGAUGCAACUACAAAGGAUAAUGGAAGGGUAAAGCAUGAAAAGGCAAAAGGGAUGAAAAGAGCAACAAAACGAGAGGAAAGGAAUGAUAAAAAGGAAGGAGAGGAAAAAGGAAAAACAAUAACGGAACAAUAGAGAGAAAAAGUAAAGUGAAAGAAGAACAUGAAAAAAAAACACUCAUUAACAGCAGUAAAAGGGAGCAGCAGAGCAACAGGCAGAAAAGGAAAGAGAAGAGGAAGAGAGAGAGAGAGAGAGAGAGAGAGAGAUAUACAUAAAUUGUUAUAUAACGAGGAGAAGAAAAAAAACUAAUUACAAUUCCACCGCAAAACUUAUUACGUUUAAGGCUAAUUGUUUACUAUUUAAAGAUUACCAAUAUGUGCACUUUUCUAAGUAAGUUUGUGGGCAACGCAAGAAAGAGGGAGAGAGAGAGAUAUAGAGAGAGAGAGAUAGAGAAAGAGAGAAGAGCAACAACACUCUAAAUGAAGAAAAAAGACACGAAGCGAAUCUGAACGACCCAUGGGCUGGCAAGCAGAGCAAAAACAAAAAAAAAAACAACCUAAAGCUGUUAAUUACUGACCAUGUAUAUGUUCUUAGACAUCUAUCGAUAAUAAAAACUAAAACCCUACAAAAAAAUAA